AUGCACCAAUUUCUUGUUUAUUAUUCAGUGUAUGACUUUGCAUUAAAACUCGAAUCCUACAGAUCGAUUACUUUAAUGGAUGAUCAUAUAACGGGUGACAGUGACUCUCGAGCAGAAUUAAAUUCAUACUCGGAAUCCGAGGCCGGAACUCUUAAUGCUCAUGUCCCAAAUGACGCAAGUACACUAACGUUAUCACAUGAACAAAAUAUAAAUGAUGAAGGUGUAACCUCUAAUAGAACUAGUAGUUACAGUGGUGGCUAUAUGGGAAUAACCGAGACCAAUCAUGAUAAUUGUGAUGGUACUGAAAGUUCUGAAAAUCAAAUUGUGAACAAUGAUGAAGACGAUCCAUUACAUAUAAGACAGCUUGCGCUAAACUUUGAUUAUCUCAUGUACAAAAUACGUGACCAUACGUUUGUAUUAUCUGACGCAGUGGUUAGAAAUGUUGAUUAUGCAAAACGGCAGCAGGAAGUUGAACUUUCAAAGAUAAGCCGUCGAAUACGUGAGGCAAGAAGACUUAUUGAAGAGUGUAAGAGAACAAAUAUGGAGAUCGAUAAAUUGGAACAAUUUAAAUUGUUGACACGAGAUUUUAAGCAAAGACUUGAAGAGGUAAAUAAACGGAUGAAUACCCAUAACAAGAAGUACAGGAAAUAG